AAGCUUGCUGAGGAAGUUGACAUAUUGUGUUAGACAAAGGUUGGAUCAGGGCCUUACACAACAGGGGCAACCGCUCCCUCCCCCCUGAGAAAACUCUAUUCAUGAUUUUUAGAAUGUCAUUAUUAAUUAUUAUUUUGAAAUAUUCGGGACUUUUUUCAGCACAGACUUUACUGCCCCCCCCCCUGGUGAAAAAAUACUGCAUACAGCCUUGGUCAGAUGCAUUUAUCAAUCAAACUAGCUAGGGACAGUGCAUGCCAGCAACACAUAUGUUGUGAAUGUUUCCUUUUUCCAUUACGGCUACACUUGUAAAUUUAGUAUUCCAACGAUUUUUUAUUGUAAUUGCAACUCAAGUGUUGGCCACAUUGCAAUGUAGUGAAAUGAUUUUCUUUUUAAACCUAAUUUGCUAAUUUUUUUUCAAAUUUUUUUAACAGUUCAAUGGGUUCUAUUGAUGACGAUCAGGAUCCUGAAACACUUGAUCAACAGUCCGAACCACCAAACAACAAUCCAACCUUGUCAGAUGAAGAUGUGGCCAGUAGCAGAAGUGAGACAAUGUAUGGGCCACAUCCUAAACUGAGUAGAGGUGAUGAAAUAUACAAUGUUCAGCAUGAAUUUAGAAUGGUGAAAGAUAUCAAAAUAGUUUGUUCUUUGGAUUUGUUGCUGCAACUGUUCCAAAUUCGCUGUCAGACAGCUGGUUGUGCUGGUGUCCCUGCAAUAAAUUAUCACUUUGUUGGCACAGCUAUUGUUGUUUACAGUACUUGCACAUCUGGUCACAAGAAUAGAUUUUGUUCAUCACAUGAACUAAAUAACGGACUUUAUGUAAACAACCUUCAGGCGGCUGCAUCUUUAUUAUUAUCUGGCAAUAACUUUGGUAAAAUUGAACGUUUGGCUAAUUUCUAUGGUUUGGCAUUCAUAUCAAAGAGCACAUACUUCAGGUUCCAACGAUUAUAUUUAAUCCCAGAAAUCAAUGAAUGGUGGUGCUGGAUGAGGAGGGAAAUCCUUGGUGAAUUUGCUGGUAAAGAUAUUGUUGUUGGUGGUGAUGGCCAGUGUGACUCCCCGGGUUUCAACGCCAAAAAUCUUUGCUAUUUCUUUGUUGAAGUUGAUACAAAUUAUAUUAUUGACGUUGAAAUCCUGGAUAAGAGGCAUGUUGGUCUAGCCUCAACUAAUAUGGAAAGAGAAGGUGUGAAGCGUGGGUUGGAAAACCUAAAUGCAGACCAUGUCAACGUUGUGGAGUUGGUGACUGAUGCUUCCACUUCUGUUAAAGGGCUUCUUGGUUAGUAAAUAUUGUGAAUAUUACUUGCUAAUACUGUACUGUAUGUGAUGAGGAGGUCCAACAUUUAACUAUUCCACUGUACUGUCUGUACCAUGUUGUUUUUAUAUUACUUUCCAGAAGCCCAGUUUAAGGGUGUUGUCCAUAGCCUCGAUAUUUGGCACAAGGCUAAAAGUAUUAAGAAGUGUCUGGCAAAG